ACUAUUUUCUCUUUCACACCACCCAUGGCAGUCCCAUGGCAUUUGCCACCCGUGGCUUGUAUGAUCGUGUGCUCCUUACAAUUGGCAAUGACAAUUACCACCCAUGCCAGCAGCAAACUUGUCCUUUGCAACCAUUGAAGGGGGCAGUCAAUGACUCACGGUGCAUGCGCGAUCAGUGUCAGUCCGCUGGCUGGCUUGUGUUUGCCGCCCAAGAUCUUCGCACCCCAGAGCUUUUCCGACAUCACGCCCUACAAGCAAGCCUUGGGAUCACGAAGGCAACAUCUGUGGUGACCUUCCAUUACAGUGGCCAUGCUGAAGACAAGCAAGGGCAAAUUUGGUUAAUACCUUGCAGUGAAAACCAUGACUGUUCAAAGGAAUGUGCAAAGCCACCGUGCAGUGAACACCAUGACUGCUUGAAGUGUGAGAAUUGUGCACGGAUUCCUUGCAGCAAAGACUGCUCGAAGGAUUGUGCAAAAGUGAGCCUGCUGGUGAUUUUGGAGCAAUUGUGCGAACGUGCGCACAAGGAGGCCAAACUGAUCGUCCUCUUUGAUGGCUGCCGUACAGAUGGACAGCCGGUUUCUGAUCCAAUCGUUCAAAGGGGCACACUGGCCAACAGAAAGUAUUUGUUGCUUUUUGCCUGCGGCCGCAGCAGGCAAGCUCAGGAGUAUUUGAAUCCGGACGGUUCUCACAGCGGUCUUUUCACACUCGCCUUCCUCAUGUCCGUGCAGGCGUGUGACGAAUUGCAAUCCUUAUGGAGCACGACACAAACAACACUUAAGAGGUUGGGCCGUCGGGGCGUGAUGCAGGACCUUCAAUUCAUGGGCAAUUUGCCGUGUUUUGCUUCCGAACCCAAUGUCUUCCAAAACUACCGUUUUGCAGGGCUGACACAGGAGUUGAAGGAGAUGCAGGCCACUGUUCUUCGGGUAUCUCAAGACCGUGACCAUUUUAAGACUAAAUACGAAGUGGAAAAGGAGAAGCUGAGAAGAUUCGAAGAACAAAUUGUAAGAUUGACAACGGAGAAAGAAGAACUUCAAAGUCAGUGUCAAGAUUUAGAUUUCAAGCUGCGUUCUUUGGAAGUGGGUCAAUCGAGUCAAUCCGCGGCUCAUCUGAAAUUGGUUGAGCUUUUGAAGAUAUAUAAAGGAAAGCUCAGCGAGGUUAAUCAAAAGCUCGAAAAUACCAAUGCCGAAAUGAAGAAAAAGGCCAGUGAGUGCAAGUACAUUAAGGAGCAGCUAGAGGAGAAAGAGAUUGAGUUUCAGAAGGUGUCCAAGAAAUGCGCAGAGCUGCAGAAGCAAGUUGACAAUUAUCAACACGACAACCUGUCGCAAAGUACUGACUUGCAGUGCUUUCAAAUGGAUAGAGAUCUACAAAAGGAACACAUUUCGCAGCUGAAAAGCCAGCUACAAGAAUAUCGAAAGGAAAAGUUGCAGCAUCAGAGUGAGAUUUCAGAGCUCAAAAGGGAAUACACUGCGAAAAGCGUGGCAAUGCGGGAGAUUCAGAAGCAGAAUAGCGUCCUGCAGUUUCAACUGCGCGAGAUUCAGAAGCAGAAGAACCACCCGGAGUUUCAGAACAUUACUAGAGGCAUCCAUUGGAUAGAUAGAGAUCUACUACAAGAAAGGUGCUAUUUGCAACAUCCAGAAGGACCAGUUGGCGUUUCAUCUUCUGGCAAGCCAUAUCCGUGAA